AACCAAACACAAACCCAAACCCAAAGAUUGCUGCUUUUUUCUGGUUCCUCAUUAUUCUUAGAAACCCAAAACCACCCAGUUCAGUGGCAGAGUCGUAAUAUGGAGAGGAAACAGGGGUUCUUUUCGUCCCUUAAGGAGGAUGUGGUGAGGGGUCUGUCGCCGGCGAGGUCCAGGUCGAAGAGUCCGGCGAGAAGUGCGUCGCCAAUGUCGGGUCUGCUUCGGAGAAGGAGGAGGCACCACGUGGCGGAGCAGCUGAUGGUGGCGAGAUCCGGGGGGCUGAGGCCGCCGGCGGAGGCGCUGUCGCCGUUGAAGGAAGGGCCGGAUGAGACGGACGGCGAGGAUUUGAAGAUGGAGGGGAGGUGGGGCCACUGGAUGAAGGGCCAGCUGUGUAGGGCUCCGGCCGUCUCGUGCUCGUCGUCGGCGUAUAAGAGGUCGGAUCUGAGGCUGCUGCUUGGGGUUUUGGGUGCACCGUUGGGGCCUGUGCACGUUAGCACAGUCGAUCCUUUCCCUCAUCUCAGUAUUAAGGACACCCCCAUUGAAACUUCGUCUGCUCAGUAUAUAUUGCAACAAUAUACAGCAGCAUCCGGGGGGCAAAAGCUUCAGAACUCGAUUCGCAAUGCUUAUGCUAUGGGAAAGGUGAGGAUGGUAGCUUCUGAGUUUGAGACAGCUGGCAAGGUUGUGAAGAGUCGCAAUUCCUCCAAAGCAGCAGAUUCAGGUGGCUUUGUCCUGUGGCAAAUGCAUCCAGAUAUGUGGUAUGUGGAACUUGCCAUUGGCGGCAGCAAGGUUCAUGCUGGUUGCAAUGGAAAGCUUGUCUGGAGGCACACACCAUGGCUUGGUGCGCACACUGCUAAAGGGCCUGUUAGACCCUUGCGGCGUGCACUUCAGGGACUUGACCCGAGAACCACUGCUAGCAUGUUCACCAACUCAAGAUGCAUUGGUGAAAAGAAGAUCAAUGGUGAGGAUUGCUUCAUCCUGAAGCUUAAUACAGAUCCAUUGACUUUAAAAGCCAGGAGUGAAGGGCCUGCGGAGAUUAUAAGACAUGUUUUAUUUGGCUACUUCAGCCAGAGAACAGGUCUUCUAAUACACUUGGAAGAUUCUCAUUUGACCCGCAUUCAGAAUCAUGGAGGAGAUGCUGUCUACUGGGAAACCACAAUUAAUUCAUUCCUUGAUGAUUAUAGGCCUGUGGAGGGAAUUAUGAUCGCUCACUCAGGGCGUUCUGUAGUUACUCUUUUCAGGUUUGGAGAAACUGCAAUGAGCCAUACGAAGACAAGGAUGGAAGAAGCUUGGUCAAUUGAGGAAGUGGCAUUCAAUGUCCCUGGGUUGUCAGUAGACUGUUUUAUCCCCCCUGCGGAGCUAAGAUUUGCUUCUAUGAGUGAAACCAGUGAGCUGCCUCAGGGUCAGACUGUAAAGAACACCAUGGCAGGAGCUGCAUAUCGCUCCAAAGUUGCUGCACUUGAUAAGUCUCAUGAUGCCAACGUCAGUAAUAUUGUGUGGAAGAUGGGGAAUAUGGAUGUUUAGGACGAAGGCACAAAUUUGAAAGGUCUCUAGUUGUAAUGGACUGACAAUAUCAAAGAUUCAAAGGUAGGUUGAUGAGUUUAAAGCUGGGUCACAAUGCAGAACUUGUGUUGGAUCAGUGUACUUCCAACCUUGUACAUAGAGGACAGUUGUGAUUGUAGAUUUUCUCUGGUGCCAGAAAAUUUUUGUACCUAACUGGAAAUUAUUCUGGAGCCAGGGUGGGGUUUUUGGUGGGAUGGUUUAGCUGUCUAAGGGAGCUCAUUUAGAAUCAAUCAGUAAUUCAGUAUACUGAGAUGAGGAUUCAUGGAAACACUUCUCUUGAGAUUCUUGUAUAUCUGUGAAUGCCUUCACUAAAGAUCUUAUGUAGAAAUUUGAGUUCCUAUCAUGAAGGCAAGAAAUCUUGAUCUCAAGUUUUUGCUUUCUGUUUAUUUAUGCUAUGAUCUUUAUUUUUAUAGGGCAGUUUAUCAAUGUAUAAAAUUGUAUUUUCUUCAGUUGAAUUGUAUUUGACCUUUCAAGU